AUCCUGCCUUUCACUCCUCCCAUCGUCAAGCGGCUCCUGGGCUGGAAGAAAGGGGAGCAGAACGGGCAGGAGGAGAAAUGGUGCGAGAAGGCGGUGAAGAGCCUGGUGAAGAAACUGAAGAAGACGGGGCAGCUGGACGAGCUGGAGAAGGCGAUCACCACGCAGAACAUCAACACCAAGUGCAUCACUAUCCCCAGAUCGUUAGAUGGCCGGCUCCAGGUGUCUCACCGGAAGGGUCUUCCCCAUGUGAUCUACUGCCGGCUGUGGCGGUGGCCGGACCUCCAUAGCCACCAUGAGCUGCGUGCCAUGGAGAUGUGCGAGUACGCCUUCAACAUGAAGAAGGAUGAAGUCUGUGUGAACCCUUACCAUUACCAAAGAGUGGAAACCCCAGUGUUACCUCCAGUGCUGGUGCCUCGGCACACAGAGAUCCCAGCGGAGUUCCCCCCGUUAGACGAUUACAGCCAUUCUAUCCCAGAGAACACUAACUUCCCAGCAGGCAUCGAGCCCCAGAGCAACUACAUUCCAGAGACACCUCCUCCGGGUUAUUUGAGUGAGGAUGGAGAAACUAGUGACCACCAGAUGAACCCCAGCAUGGACGCAGGUUCUCCCAACUUAUCGCCGAACCCGAUGUCUCCAGCACACAAUAAUCUGGAUCUGCAGCCUGUCACCUACUGCGAGCCGGCUUUCUGGUGCUCCAUAUCCUACUACGAGCUCAACCAGCGAGUGGGAGAGACCUUCCACGCCUCCCAGCCCUCCAUGACCGUGGAUGGGUUCACCGACCCGUCGAAUUCGGAACGUUUCUGCCUCGGUUUGCUCUCCAACGUGAACAGAAACGCGGCCGUGGAGCUCACGAGACGACACAUCGGAAGAGGAGUCAGACUCUACUACAUUGGCGGCGAGGUGUUUGCCGAGUGCCUUAGUGACAGUGCCAUUUUUGUCCAGUCUCCCAACUGCAACCAGCGCUACGGCUGGCACCCAGCCACAGUGUGCAAGAUCCCACCAGGGUGUAACUUGAAGAUCUUUAACAACCAGGAGUUCGCCGCUCUCUUGGCGCAGUCGGUGAACCAGGGCUUCGAAGCCGUCUACCAGCUGACCAGGAUGUGCACCAUCCGAAUGAGCUUUGUCAAGGGCUGGGGAGCAGAAUACAGGCGGCAAACUGUGACCAGUACUCCCUGCUGGAUUGAGCUGCAUCUUAAUGGGCCUUUGCAGUGGCUGGACAAGGUCCUGACACAGAUGGGCUCCCCCAGUAUCCGCUGUUCCAGCGUCUCCUAAGGAAACAUCUCCUGGGGGGGUGAGGAGAGGAGGGGGGGCAAAACAAAGACUCUGGAAAAUUGGCUUAACCCUUAGCAAAACGCACAGUGCAGAAUAAACAAAUUCCCAGUUAUUGGAGUGAUGAGAGAGAGAAAAAAAAAAAAUUGCUAAAAAGAAAAAAGUGGGUUUUCUUCGUUUUGUUUUGUUUUUUCAACUAAAUACCCAUUUUAAGCCACUUCCACUGAAACUGUCAGCACUUUGGUUACGAUGCUGUGGGCCCUUGCAGUUGGAAUCUGAAGUUCAAAAUCCUGGACUGUGUCUCAGCAGAGAGAAGCCCGUGCUCUGCCCCCCGCCGUGUCCCCCCCGCUGGCUCCCUGCCCCUCGGAGCACCAGGAGCCACCCCCGGCUCGGAGGAACCUUUCCCUUUGCCUCACACCACUCCAGGCCCGUGUCUUGGAGCAUCUCGGAGAAGCCAGACGCCGUGGGAUGGUGGGAUGGCUCUUGCUCAUGCAAUUCCUCUCUCCACCCACCCGGGUUCGCAGCAGAAAGGGGAAAAGGAAGCAUUUAAAGCACACACAAGGACUAAUUCCCCCAGUAAUGUUCCCAAAAGGAAUGGAUUUCCCUUGCUGGACUGCUGAGGAGGAGGCAGAGUCUUGCUUCGUGCCUGAGGGAUGUGGCUGAUGGUCCUGAUGCUCUUGGAAUGGAUUGACACGAAGCAAAAGGCCAAACUUGAGGCUCCUUUUGAUGUUGCUGCAGCAACUCUUGCCCCGAGCUGCUCACGGGGAGACACUCGUUUGUGAAGCUCCUGCUGGACACAUUAAGCCUCUGUUAUUGCCUGGUCUGUUUGCAUCAACCACAGAAAGUUUGAAUUCUGUUUUCUCAGCACGUUGACCGGUAUCUGCCACUCCUGAAGUCGUAGGGGCUUCGUUGUGUCUGGCUCUUCUCUUGGGGACAGAAGUGGCCAGGCCUUUGCUGCCAUUCUCACAAUAUUGAAUAGGUUGUCCCCUGCUGUCACACCUGGCUGCGCAUCAACCAGGACAUCUCAGACACAAACCCCCUCUGUUUCAAACAUAUUUCAGCUGAUUGAAACACUCUGAGAUGUGGUUUUGCCUGGAGAAAUUGGGAGAGUGUGUAUUUACUUGUAUUAUAAAGCAUUCAUUUUAAAUAGA